AUGAGCUUGUCUUCCGAUUCGCCGCGUAGGAUAACGUGGAUGACAUGGCUGUCAGUUGGGUCGCAGCUGACGCCGUACCAGUUGGUGCAGCAGUCGGUGCCGGUCCAGGUGUUAAAUAUGCCCAAGUAUGGUUCGGUCAGGGCGGACUUGAAGGCCAACAAUGCUGACAGGUCCGCCGGGGGGCAGCAGUUGACGACGGCGGCGAAUAGUGCCGUCGUCACCACCAGAUGCAUUACUUUUAUAGUUGUUCAAGAGCAAAAGUAA